GACAUUACGGCAUGUCGCCAUUUUGGGUGUACAUACAAUACAAUUCCUCUCAUUCGGGGUUUUUUUUUUCUGUUGUUGCUCUCAUUUCCCCGAUUCUUGUACAAAUUAUAUUUUAACUGGUGCCCGUGUCUUUAUAAUGUUAACGAGACGGACCCGAUCACGUUUGAUGCUGUGAACCGAGACUUUUCACCUUUUCCUUACGAUAUAAUUUGAAAAAGAGGGCAUAACAAUGUUUUAUGCUCAUUUUGUUUUGGCCAAGAAAGGGCCAUUGGCAAGGAUAUGGCUCGCUGCCCAUUGGGAUAAAAAAUUGACAAAAGCUCAUGUCUUUGAGACAAACAUUGAAAAGUCUGUUGAUGGAAUUUUACAACCUAAGGUCAAAAUGGCGCUACGAACUUCCGGUCACCUGCUUUUAGGUGUUGUGAGGAUUUAUUCUAGAAAAGCCAAAUAUCUUCUUGCUGAUUGUAAUGAAGCUUUUGUCAAAAUUAAAAUGGCGUUUAGACCAGGCAUGGUCGACCUUCCAGAGGACAACCGGGAAGCUGCCAUUAAUGCCAUUACGCUUCCAGAAGUAUUUCACGACUUUGACACGGCUAUGCCUGAAUUGAAUUUGUAUCAUUUCUGCAGCGAUGUUGAUAUAGAAGCCCAAUUUAGCUUGAAUCAGUCAAGAGCUGAGGAAAUUACGAUGAGGGAAGAUUAUGGAAACAUGUCUUCUCUCGUUGAACAAGAGGAGGGUUUUGGUGAUAUGGGAUUUGGCGCCGAGGGACCUGACAUUUUGCGGCAUGCCUCUAGACUAGAACAAUCACUUGAUCAGAAUCUUCUGUUCAGUGAGGGGGUUGACCAUCUGGAAAAAGAUAAAGAGCCACAGCCUUCAACUUCAGCAAACCCUCUCGAACGUCCAUCAUUGGAACUUGAUGCGCCAAUUAGAGAUGAUGGUUUUGGUGGAAAUUUGGGCUCUGACAUAAUGGGUGCAGGUGGACUGUUUGAAGGAGGGCUUUUUGAUGAUGCUCCCAUGCAAGUUUCCGUAGUCGAACAGAGUGUCGCUGGAUCUCAAGAUGGAGGGUUGCCUAUUCCGUCAGUUGCACCGUUGGGAACUGAGAGGAGUGAUGAUGAAGAUGAUGAUGGUGAAAGAUUUGGAGGAGCACCAAGUCCAGCCCCACCUAGUUCUGAUGAUGGAUCUCGACCGUGCAGUCCACUUAAUGGAAUUCUUGAAAAUGCUGCUGAUGUGCCAAUGUCAGUAGCACCGCCAGAGUCAAUUUUUCCUGAGCCACCAUCUUUAGCACCUCAACCUGAGGUGGCACCACCAGAACCUCAAAUGCCUAAUCAUGAACAAACAGUACUUCUACACAAUGAAGAAGAAUCUUUUGCCCUUGGCCCCGUGGAUGCUUCUGCUCUGAGAGGUUCAACAAAAACAAAACGAAAGAGGAAACUGAUAGUCGACGAGGUGAAAAAUAUUUCUGGCGAAGAAAUGAAAUCCCAGCUAAGCGAUACGAGUGAUAUAGUCACAACGCUGGAUCUCGCCCCACCAACCAAAAGGCUCAUGCAUUGGAAAGAAACCGGUGGAGUCGAAAAGCUAUUCGCACUUCCCGGCAGAACAAUCCCUGCCAGAGUAUUAUUCAAGAAUUAUCAAAGACAUUUAACGAGUCGGGCGGUACCCAAUGAAGAAGGAGUGCCAGAGACAGAUAAAGAUGCAAUGCAUUUAGACCAAGUUCCUGAAGAACCAGUGCCAGUUCCUGGCAAAAGAGGGAGGAAAAGAAAGAUCUUCGAACCUGAAGAACCUGUUAUUGAAGAAGAAGAAGUAAGGCGAGGAGGUCUUACACCUAUGAGAAGAGCAAUUGAAACUGAUCAUGAAGUCCCACCUUUGACAGUAGGUCCAAUGUCGGCAGAUCCAAUGGCAGUAGCGCCAAUGGAAACCGGCGUCGAUGGUCUUCCUAUUCCAUCGCUCGCGGGUUCCGCCCUUAAUGUACCACCAUUAGACGAUCAAAUGAAUGUUCCGCCUCAAACACCUGGCACACCCCUCCAAGCACCAAAUAUGACACCUUUUAGUAUUGCAGAUUCGUCAUUGCCACAUCUCCCUCCUGAACAAAUUAGUUUGCUGGAGCAAUCUUUAGCACCUGGUCAAACACCACUCCACAAUAUGGGUUUCGAUGGAACUCAGGACCAAGGGGAUCUAAUGGCCAAUAUGGGCUAUGAUGAGCACGCUCCACCUCCUACAACACCAGGGGCUAUUUCUGAAAAAGGACAAGCCACGCCGUGGCAAGAUGAUUACGAUUUACCUGUAUCUGUAGGACCUCCUGAUGAGCAAGCAAUGGACGAAACAUUUGAACAGUUUGAAGAAAGGGUCUUGAACAAGAGAGCUGCCCAUAUGUACAAUUUAGUCAGAUCAAAAUUCACUUUUGACACCAAAGUGGUAUUUUCAUCAUUGGUUUCUAGAAACAAUAGAAAACAGGCUGCCCAGAAAUUUUAUUCUCUACUUAUGUUGAAGAAAUUUCAAGUUGUCGAACUUGAACAAGAAGCAUCUUAUGCAGAAAUUGAAAUUGAAAGGGGUCCAAACUUUGACAACCCUACUCUUUAAAGGUAUCUUUCAUGUACAUAUAAAAAAAUGCAAAAUUUAAUAGAUUGAAUAAUGCUAAACAAAUAAAUAUAUUUUUAAUUUAAAGAGUUAAAAAAAAAAAAUAAUGUGAGCAGUACUGAAAUAAUGACAACUUAUUUUGUACAGGACAUAGUGUAAGUUAUAUGUUUAAAAAACUAUCAUUUGCAUAAAUGUGAAGUUGAUAAACUGCAAUAGUUAUGUAAUUUAUUUUUGUUGACAAAAAAAACAAUUUCAGUUCUAAGUCAUUUUGUUUAUUCAAAUGCAUUGGCAUAACAAAAUUGUUUCGUUUUUCUUAAGUCCAAUUUAUAAUUAUUAAUUUACAUAUAAUCUUUAUUUUUAUUCUUUAAUUAUUUAUUUGUUCUUCUUUUUUUAUAAUCUUUUAAUAAAUACAAAUUUUUAUGUCAAAUAAAAACAUCUUGUUUUGUUAAGCCAAUGCGUUUCUGUUUGUAACAUCCCAACUUAUGUUUAUUUAUAUAUUUUUAUCUUUUUGGCUUGUAAUCCUAAACAAACCAAAAACAUAUUAAUAUAAUAAAACUGUCCAAAUGUGGAAAUCAAAGCAAACUUAAUUUAUUUAAAAUUUCAAAACCAAUACAAAUAAUGUUUUUGAUUGUAUAUAGAUUAAAUGUAAAAAACAAAAAAACAUGUUUCAUUAGAUGUUUGUACAUAUCUUAAAUGUUUUUAUAUGUAUGUAUGACAGCAAAUAUAGUAGUGUCAGUUGAUUAUUACUUUUUUCUUUAUAGCUUACAGUAAUUUAUUUUAUUUUAUUUUUUUUAAACAUUAUGGUGUUUAAUACCUGGAAUAUUGAUUUUACUAUAUACAUAUUUACACUUUUUAAAUGGAUAUUAUACUCUUUUUUUUCUUA